AUUUCAACUUUGCAAUAAUACAGAAUAAGCUAUUUUAAACUCUAUUAUCUAACAUGAUACGACUAUGUAAUGAAAGCGUCGUCUGCAGCCGUUCCUAGUGAAACAUUCAAUAUACAUCUUGCAGGCAAUCUUUCGGAAAAUAGCAAUUUUCCUGAAGUCAGUGUGUCAUCUAAAUAGCGCUGAUUGAGAUUGCCGUGGGGUGGUCGAGGGGGCUGUAGUGUACGGGACAGGAGGGGGGGGAGGGGAAGGGAGGCCCUCAGUAGUGAGUGGAGUCGUAACUCACUCACUCAGUGAGUCGCGGCGGUGAGUCAGCGUACUCUGCCCUACGUCUGGCGGGUGAAAUUGAAACUGGGCUGUGGGGUUGCCAGUCGUGCCACCCUAACAACACUCUCGGCGGCGUCUGUAGCCGGGCCGAGGCGCAUGCGCGGGGCCGGGGGCGGCGCGGGGCGCGCGGGGCGGUCGAUAGGGCUCCGCUGGCGGCAGUGAGCGCCGCGGAGCGCCCCAGCCCGCGCGGCCGCGAUGAGGCCGAGCUCGGCGCUGCUGCUGGCAUGCACCGCCCUGGCCUGCCUCGUGCCGCCCGGCCGAGCCGAGAAGAGCAAGUUCUACUACAUGGACUCCCUCUGCAAGGACCACUUCCUGCAGCGCCAGUACCGCAAGCUGGACGGCGGCGUGCUCUGGUCUCGCAACGAGCGCAACCUGGACUGCACCGUCACGUUCCAGACCCACAGCAUCCUGCAGCGGUUCAUGUUGCACUUUGACCUGCUGCAGCUCGACUGCAACGACCACCUGUUCGUGUAUGAUGGGGCUCACGACACGGCGCCUCCCAAGGCGGACCUGUCGUGCCGCAACACGAAGCAGCAGGUGGGGGCGCUGUUCACGCGCAGCAACUUCGUGACCCUCAAGUACGUCACGGACAACUGGGGCACCGACGCCAACGGGUUCAAGCUGGUCAUCACCGCUGUCAAGGACCCUAACCCAGAGCACGGGUGCAAGCAGUUCCGGUGCAAGCAGCGGGAGUUCUGCGUGAGCGCCGAGCUCACGUGCGACGGCGUGGACCACUGCGCCGACGGAUCUGAUGAAGACACUGCCACAUUAUGCCCAGAAUCCGGCGGCAGCGGCGCUUGGGGCGCGUGGGCCGUGGUGGCGGGCGCCAGCGCCGCGCUGCUGGCCGCCGCCGCCGCCGCCGCCGCCUGCUGCCUCUGUCGCCGCCGCAACGAUAAUACCUCACAUCUGCAAUUGCAGCAGAUGGUGAGCAGCAACGGCGGCGGCGGCGGCGGCGGCAAGCCGGCCUCGCCGCUCGGCGUCGCGCUCCUGGGCGACACCCGGCUGCCGGGAAACUGGGCGCUCCCUGCGGGCCAGCACCGGGCGCAGCGCCCGGGCCCCCUCCGCCCGCCGGCCACGUAGCGCCGCACAAGGACGAGUGGUUCGUCUAGGCGGAGGCGGCCUGGGCCCGCCCGCAGGGGACUCGCGACAUAUCGACCAUACAUAUUUAUACCGUCGCCCGUAUCAAAUAAUCUAUCCGAAUAAUAAUUUUAGCGACUUUUUUUAGGUGAAUUUUUACUCGUUUUAGAGCGUGGCGAGCACGCGCCGUGGGUGUCCAGGUUUUGGUGUUGAAUGAGAUAACGCAAUGUAAAUUUAUCGAUAUGACAUUAAACAUUUUUGGCUUA